UCUCAGUCUUAUGUCUCUUUCUCCUUAACAACCCCCUCCUCUCAUAGCCCUCCACAACAAUAUUAAAAGCCUCAAACACCCUCAUUGUCAUGCUGCCUGUCCCAAAUGCUAAGCAAGGUUAGGUGAAGAUAGCAACGUUGGGCAGCAUCAAAAACCUUCCUUUUUGCAGAAUAACCUGACGUGGGAUCUUUAAGUUUUUUCAGCACUGUCAUUGAUCAGAUGGUGAAUUUUGUCAAAUGAAAACAACUAAAACUACUGGUUGAAGAGAAGGGACUCUGGGUGGUGUUGGUGUGUUUCCACUUUUUGGUGUUGCCUUGCCUUGUUGUGUUUUGGAAAAAAAUGUUGCUGCAGAUAUCACCAAGUUUGAGGCAUGUCACUGUGCUUCCGGGAAAAGGGUUGAAGGAAUUUAUCAAAGUGAAGGUUGCAUCAAGGAGGCUAUCUUAUCGGAUGCUCAUCUAUUCACUCUUGUUCUUCACAUUCCUUCUUAGGUUUGUGUUUGUUCUCACAGCAGUGGAUAACAUUGAUGGAGAAAACAAGUGUUCUUCCAUAGGUUGCCUGGGAAAAAAAUUGAGGCCAAAGAUUUUGGGAAGAAGUCUUGAAUCAAAUGUCCCAGAAGUAAUAUACAGAAUAUUAGAUCAACCCCUUGGAAAAGAUGAAUUAGAGCAAAAGACUGAUAUACCUCAGACUUUGGAAGAGUUCAUGGUCCAAACAAAGGAAGGUGGAUAUGAUGCCAAGACAUUUGCAAUUAAACUAAGAGAAAUGGUGACCCUUAUGCAACAAAGAACCAGAGAAGCCAAAGUCCAAGAGUACCUAUACCGUCAUGUAGCAUCAAGCAGCAUACCAAAACAGCUUCAUUGCCUUGGCUUGAAGCUAGCCAAUGAGCACACAAACAAUGCAGGUGCACGCCUUCAGCUACCCUCUGCAGAACUUGUCCCUGCUCUUGUUGACAACAACUACUUUCACUUUGUACUUGCCUCCGACAAUGUGCUCGCUGCGUCUGUGGUUGCAACAUCACUUGUACGCAACAGUUUGAGACCUCAGAAGGUUGUUCUGCACAUAAUUACAGACAGAAAAACUUACUAUCCCAUGCAGGCUUGGUUCUCCUUGCACCCUUUAUCACCUGCCAUAAUCGAGGUCAAGGCACUGCACCACUUCGAUUGGUUUUCAAAGGGAAAGGUGCCUGUGCUGGAAGCAAUGGAAAAAGAUCAAAAUGUAAGAUCGAAGUUCAGAGGAGGAUCAUCAGCUAUUGUUGCAAAUACCACUGAGAAGCCUAGAGAAAUUGCAGCAAAGCUGCAAGCACUUAGCCCUAAGUAUAACUCAGUAAUGAAUCACAUUCGCAUACAUCUUCCAGAGCUUUUCUCUAGUCUUAGCAAGGUGGUCUUCCUUGAUGAUGACAUUGUGGUACAAACUGAUCUUUCACCUCUUUGGGACAUUGACAUGGAUGGAAAAGUGAAUGGAGCAGUAGAAACAUGCAGUGGAGAAGAUAAGUAUGUUAUGUCAAAGAGGUUGAAAAGCUAUUUGAACUUUUCACACCCUUUAAUAUCCCAAAAUUUUGAUCCCAAUGAAUGUGCUUGGGCUUAUGGCAUGAACAUUUUCGACCUUGAUGCUUGGAGAAAGACCAAUAUAAGCUCUACAUACCAUUACUGGGUUGAGCAGAAUAUAAAAUCAGAUCUCAGUUUGUGGCAGCUAGGGACAUUACCACCUGGAUUAAUAGCAUUCCAUGGUCAUGUCCACACUAUUGAUCCUUUCUGGCACAUGCUGGGAUUGGGAUAUCAGGAAAGUACAAGUUUUAGUGAUGCUAAGGAUGCUGGUGUUAUCCAUUUCAAUGGCAGGGCAAAGCCAUGGCUAGAUAUAGCUUUUCCCCAUCUAAGGCCACUGUGGACUAAAUACAUUGAUUUCUCAGAUUACUUCAUAAAGAGCUGCCAUAUCAAGGCAUUGUAACUUUGAUCAUGAGAAAAAAAAUGGGUUUUUUUGAUGAGUGGAAUGAAGGGUAUUUGCAUAUAGAAGAAGAUGGAAAUGAGAGGACUUCUUCAAAGCAUUUGCCCAUCCACCACCACCACAAAGAAGUGGCAAGACAUGUUGAUGCACCCUUUUGUUUCAAUUUUCCUUUUUAACUAUUCAGUUGAAAUUCUUUUUCUCUUCAA